CCUUUGAAAAGACUUGAACACCAUAGAUCACACUGAGAGCAGCACAUGGAAACAGAUCCAGACCAACCUAAAGCUCCAGCAGAAUGAAAGACAUUAAAAAUGCUAAAUCUACAACGAACAGCACAGAUCAAACCACAACAUCAUACAAAGGUGAUGAAGAUACUGACUUGAAGAAAGGCAGUGACAAAAAACAAGAGAAAGCGCUGAGCAUUGGAUUCUUUCAGCUGUUCCGCUUUGCCACAUGGAAGGAAACCCUGAUGAUGGUGGUAGGGAGUGUGUGCUCUCUGGUCCACGGUGCCGCGGCCCCUCUCAUGCUGCUGGUGUACAGUAUGAUGACCAACACUUUUGUGGAGUAUGAGCGAGAGAUUCUGGAACUGGCCGAUCCAAACAAAACCUGCAUCAACAACACUGUCACCUGGUUGAAUGGAUCUGUGGUAGAGCAGAUAGACAACAUCACCAUUUACUGUGGUGUGGAUAUUGAGGCUGAGAUGACCAUGUUUGCAUAUUACUAUGUUGGUAUUGGUGCUGGAGUCCUAAUUCUUAGUUACUUUCAGAUUGCUCUCUGGGUGUCUGCUGCAGCCAGACAGAUUCAACGCAUCCGAAAAAUUUACUUUAGUAAGAUCAUGCGCAUGGAGAUUGGCUGGUUUGACUGCAACUCCAUCGGGGAGCUGAACACAAGGAUAUCUGAUGACAUCAACAAAAUCAACAAUGCAAUAGCAGACCAAGUGUCCAUCUUCAUUGAGAGGAUCUCGACGUUUAUCUUUGGUUUCCUGGUGGGGUUUAUUGGAGGAUGGAAGCUCACUCUGGUGGUGAUAUCAGUUAGUCCUCUCAUAGGACUGGCUGCAGGACUCAUGGCGAUGGCUGUGGCGAGGCUGACGGGUCGCGAGUUGAAGGCAUAUGCCAAAGCUGGAGCCGUGGCUGAUGAAGUUCUCUCCUCCAUCAGAACAGUAGCCGCCUUUGGAGGAGAACACAAAGAGGCUGAAAGGUAUGACAAGAACCUUGUGGAGGCGCAGGUGUGGGGUAUUAAGAAGGGAGCGAUCAUCGGUGUGUUUCAGGGUUACCUCUGGUGCAUUAUAUUUCUGUGUUAUGCUCUGGCUUUCUGGUACGGCUCAAAACUGGUCAUUGAGACCAGGGAACUCUCACCUGGUGGCCUCGUUCAGGUAUUCUUUGGUGUUCUAAUGGGUGCUAUGAAUCUGGGUCAGGCCUCUCCUUGUCUUGAAGCUUUCGCUUCUGGUCGGGCUGCAGCCAAGAGUAUAUAUGAAACUAUUGACAGGGAACCUGAAAUCGAUUGCUUCUCAGAGGAGGGUCAUACGUUAGACAAAGUUAAAGGUGACAUUGAAUUCCACAGCGUUAACUUCAACUAUCCAUCCCGACCUGAAGUGAAAAUAUUGGAUGAUUUGAAUGUUGUGGUUAAAGCUGGGGAGACAACUGCGUUUGUUGGGCCAAGUGGAUCCGGGAAGAGCACAACAAUCCAACUCAUACAGAGAUUCUACAACCCAAAGGAAGGAAUGGUCACCCUGGAUGGUCAUGACAUCAGAGGACUGAAUAUACAGUGGUUGCGUUCCCUUAUUGGCAUAGUAGAACAAGAGCCUGUUCUGUUCGCCACCACGAUCGCUGAGAACAUCCGAUACGGCCGUCCUGGAGUCACCAUUGAGGAGAUUAUUCAGGCCUCCAAAGAGGCCAAUGCCUAUAACUUCAUCAUGGAUCUGCCUCAGAAAUUUGACACAUUGGUGGGUGAGGGUGGAGGGCAGAUGAGUGGAGGGCAGAAACAGAGGAUCGCCAUAGCUCGAGCACUCGUCAGAAAUCCAAGAAUCCUCCUGUUAGACAUGGCCACAUCGGCACUGGAUAACGAGAGUGAGGCUAUAGUACAGGAGGCGCUGGACAAGGCUCGACUGGGCAGAACAACAAUCAGCAUCGCACACCGUCUCUCCACAAUCUGUAAUGCUGAUGUGAUCGUGGGCUUUGAACAUGGACGUGCUGUAGAGAGAGGCACACACAGCCAGCUGCUGGACAGGAAGGGAGUGUACUUCACCCUAGUUACACUCCAGAAUCAAGGAAAAGAUCCAGCCGAUGACAAAUCAGGGAAAGCAGCUACUGAUAUGACCAUUACUGAAGAGGAUAGAUUUGAGAAAGUGAGGAGCAUAAGCAGAGGAAGUUAUGAGAGCAGUUUGAGGCAGUCUUUGAGACAGAGAUCUCAGUCUCGGGUGUCAAACAGUAUCAGUGAUGUCAUAUCUGGAAAAUUCAAAUUGCAUUUGGACCAUUUCGCAAUGGAGGAUGAAGAAAAAAACAAGAAAAACAAAGGUGAAGUCAUUGAAAAAGCACCUGUAGCACGCAUUCUGAAGUAUAACCGUCCUGAGUGGCCGUAUAUGCUGAUGGGCUCUAUAGGUGCUGCCAUCAAUGGAUCUGUCAACCCUAUUUAUGCUUUAUUAUUCAGCCAAAUACUUGGGACGUUUUCAAUUCAAGACCUGGACGAACAGAGGAGGCAGAUUAAUGGAAUUUGUAUUCUGUUUGUUGUCGUGGGAGUAGUGAGCUUCUUUUCACAGUUCUUGCAGGGCUACGCAUUUGCUAAAUCGGGAGAGUUGUUGACUCAUAGGCUGAGGAAGGUUGGCUUUCAGUCAAUGCUGAAUCAAGAGAUCGGCUGGUUUGAUGACCCCUUAAACAGCCCCGGCGCUCUGACCACCAGACUCGCCACUGAUGCCUCCAUGGUGCAGGGGGCCACAGGUUCACAGAUUGGCAUGAUUGUAAACUCGCUGACUAACAUUGGAGCUUCCUUCAUUAUUGCAUAUUACUUCAGCUGGAAACUGAGUCUAGUGGUCACCUGCUUCCUUCCUCUGAUCGGCCUCUCUGGAGUCUUUCAGGCCAAAAUGUUGACAGGAUUUGCUAAUGAGGACAAGAAAGCAUUGGAGGCUGCUGGACAGGUCUCCAGUGAAGCUAUGACCAACAUCAGGACUGUCGCCGGUUUGGCCAAAGAAAAGCAGUUUGUCUCUCAAUAUGAACAACAACUAGAAGCACCCUACAAAGCAGCCAAGAACAAAGCUCAUGUUUAUGGGAUCUGUUUUGCAUUUGCCCAGUGUGUUAUUUUCAUGGCCUACGCUGCCUCGUUUAGAUACGGUGGCUAUCUGGUCAGUAAUGAGGGGCUUCAAUACAUGCUUGUAUUCAGAGUAAUAUCAGCUCUUGUGAUCAGUGGCACAGCACUUGGCAGAGCUUCAUCUUUUACGCCAGACUAUGCCAAGGCUAAGAUUGCUGCCGCUCAACUUUUCAAACUGUUGGAUAGAGUUCCUAAAAUCAGCAAUGCAGAUGGACAAAGCUGGGAUGAUUUUAAAGGCCGUGUGGAGUUUAAAGGGUGCAGAUUUACAUACCCAAGCAGGCCAGACACUCAAGUGCUACGGGGACUGGAGGUGUCAGUAAAUCCAGGACAGACUCUUGCCUUCGUGGGCAGCAGUGGCUGUGGAAAGAGCACAAGUGUUCAGCUGCUGGAACGAUUUUACGACCCAGAUGAAGGCCAAGUGCUGAUUGAUGGACGUCCAUCUGCCAGUAUCAGCGUGUCGUUCCUGAGGUCUCAGAUUGGUAUCGUAUCCCAGGAGCCAGUGCUGUUUGACUGCAGUAUAGCAGAGAACAUCCAGUAUGGCGAAAACUCUCGAACCGUGAACAUGGACGAGAUUAUAGAGGCUGCUAAAAAGGCCUACCUGCAUGAUUUUGUGAUGACACUGCCUGAUAAAUAUGAAACUCAGGUUGGUGCUCAGGGCUCACAGCUCUCGCGUGGACAGAAACAACGUAUAGCGAUCGCGAGGGCCAUCGUCAGAAACCCUAAAAUUCUGUUGCUGGAUGAGGCCACCUCUGCACUCGACACAGAGAGCGAGAAGACUGUUCAAGCAGCGCUGGAUGAAGCUCGGCAGGGGCGCACAUGUAUUGUCAUAGCUCACAGGCUUUCCACCAUUCAGAAUGCUGACAUCAUUGCUGUGAUGUCACAGGGCGUGGUCAUUGAGAAAGGAACCCAUGAGCAACUUAUGGCCAAGAAAGCAGCUUACUACAAACUUGUCACUUCAGGAGCCCCUAUUAGUUAAAAACACAUGUGCUAUUGUGUCAAAAAUACAAAAGGUUUGGGAACUUUUAAAGUGAAGUGUGUAAAUUCUAUACCGCUAGCAGCACUAAAUGAAAUCGCAAAAAUAAUGAUUGUUUCAAGACUUUUUUCAUAGUCUUGCCAUUGGUUGUGCCAAAGAUUGCAAAUUUGUUUUGGUGCCACUAAUGUCUUGAUCUUAUGGAAACCCAAAAAAAGUUUGCUUUGGUAAGUCAAAAUGAUGUUUAUUUUGUGAUUUGUCUUUUAAAGUAAUAUUUUUGAGAUACUAAAUCUAAUGAGAUGCUAAUUCAACAUUUUUUAGAUACUAAAUCAUAAUUAUGAGAUUACUUUUUCUCAUAAUUCCAAUAUUAUCUCAUAAUUAUGACUUGGCAUCUUAUAAUUAUGACUUUCUAUCUCAUAAUUGACUUUUUAUCUAAAAUGUUUGACUUUUUAAUCUCAUAAUGAUUAAGUAUCUCAAAAUUAUGAAUUUUUAUCUUAUAAUUUUGACUUUUAAAUCUCAUAAUUAUGACUAAACAUCUUAUUAUGACUUUCUAUCUCAUAAUUGUCUUUAUCUAAAAAGUUUGAUUUUUUAAUCUCAUAAUUCUUAGUAUCGUCUUAGAGAAAAAAGUAAUGUUUAUGAUACUAAAUCAUAAUUACGAGAUAAAAAGUCAUAAUUAUGACAUACUAAGUCAAAAUAUGAAUAAUCCCUGUGACUGCUGUACUAGAUCAAUAUGAAAGCCCAUAUUCACACACAUAAAAUAAAAAUCGUGCUUUGGUAAAUCAAAAUUAUGAGAUAUAAAGUCAUCAUUUUACAAUAAAAAGUCAUAUUUAUGAGAAAAAAGUAAUGUUUAUGAUACUAAGUAUCUCAUAAAUAUGACUUUUUAUUUCAAUCUGACUUUAUAUCUCAUAAUUUUGAUUUACCAAAGCACGAUUUUUAUUUUAUUUUUGUAUGUGUGCGAAUAUGGGCUUUCAUAUUGAUCUAGUACAGCAGUCACAGGGAUUAUUGUUGUACUGUUGCUUUAGGUAUUUUUAUGAAAGUUGAUAAGUAUUUAUUGAUUUUUCGUUGUCAUGACAAUGUCCUUGAACUUGACUUUGGGUUUGAAUGACUUUUUUUGUCUACCUGGAUGACCUCUAUUGACCAUUUUAUUCAAGAAAUUGUGUAUAAUUUACUGUUUGAUGUGUUAAAUCAGAAUGGUCUGAAAUACAAACAUUGCAUGGAUUCUAGCUUUACUGUGCCAAGAUAUUCUGUCGACUGAACAGAGAAUGUUGCGUUCAUGUACUAUAGGUGAAGAUACUGUAUGCUGUCCUUGAACAAUAGUGACAGACUGAUAGUGUGUCCUUAAUGACUGAUAAAUUCUUGUCAAGUCAUGUGUGGUUUAAUGCAAGUCAUUCCCACUCUUUGAGUCAGCUGUGGAGCUGGAUGAUUCAAGACACAAACCCUUUUAUGAUGGUGUGUGUGAUGUACUAAAAUAUGCUCUUAAACCAUUUAUUCAUAUAAAAGAGACAUACAUCAUAGAUAUCAAAGGUGUCCAUUUGAAUAUCUUUUUGUGAUGUUUUAAGGAUUUACAGGAAAACAAUACAAAAAUUAUCAAGAAUACGAUUUUUGCCCUAAUAUCAAAGGUCUUAAUAGAAAAAAAGAAAUUAUGAUCCAACGUGAAUCUUAAUAUGAUCGUGUCUGGUAACAUGUGCAUGUAAAAUGGCUAGAAAUAGCAUUUUAGCUUAGCGUAAAGCUGACAAUUUACACAAGGAUUAUUUCUAUUUCUUCUGCUCCAAACUUACUUCAAACUUACUUCUCUGUCUGCUCGCAUGAAUGUAACACAUCAUAAGAAAGUGUUUCACCGCUGUUCAAAUGCACUUUGGAUCGCAUCAUUUAUAUGUAUAAAUGUUUUCCAUCUGAAAGGACUAAAUAUUAAAUGAAACAAAUGACAAUAAAAUGCAAAGUAAUCUCUUCAGUAAUCAAAAUACUUUUUGAAUGUAACUGUAUUCUGAUUACUAAUGAUUUCAAUUGUAACUGUAGUGGAAUACAGUUACUUAUAUUUUGUAUUUUAAAUACGUAAUCCCAUUACAUGUAUUCAGUUACUCCCCAACCCUGAGGAAUGAUUAGUGCUCCAUCAUAUGCAAGCCAAUGUUAACAUUACCAUAUUUUAGCUGGGAUGUCAUGUGAUAAACUGUCUCAUUUUGUUGAUCAGAAGUGUUGCAGUAAAUUGAAUAAAGAAAAAAGCUGAAAACUGAA